CACCAAGGUAGCCCCCCCUUCCCACUCUGGCUGUUAACUUGACCACGACAUUCUAAAUAGUCUACAACUCCGAACAUUUGCAAACACUCGACGCUGUCACUCUCUUUGAAGGCUCACCGAGGACGACGGCCGCCCGAACCUCCACGACCCCUCCAAAUAGUACGCCAAAAGAAAGACCGGCAGUCGCAGCAUGAGUCGAGAUGCGGGUGACCACCCAGCUGCCCUCGCGGACUCGGCUGUCUUAGCAGCAGCACAAGCACCCGGCACGCCGAUCUCCGUCUCCCGCAAAGGCCCGAUGUUCUCGUCGUCGCGCAUGCAGUACCGCAGCCGCCCUGUCUCCGUGGCAGUCGACCCGGUCUCCCUCGUCAUAUCCGAGUGUAUUGCGAUCACGUCCGCUAUUCAGAAACAUGCCCGCUCGCCGCAUUCGUCCGUGUCAGCCAUCUUGGGGGGCAGCCCGAACCUGAUCCAGCUGGUUCCCCCUUCAGGCCCGGCUCUGCGUCGCGAUCAGAAGAAGAUGGCUGGGUCCUCGGCCGCUGAUGACUCCAGUGACUUGGCUACCAACCGAUGGGGCUUAAGGGGGAAGAAAGGGAAGAGCAUAUUGGACAAUCCGCUGAUAUCAGGCUUCGGAAGGCUUCGACAGGAGUUGACGGGCGUCAAAGAUAUCCACCAGUUCGAUGCCCUAGUCCUACUCUACCCGUUCCUCCAGAUUAUACAAGCCAAGGGCACCGCCGCUCCGAUCACGAUUCUUGCGCUCCGUGCUAUCCAAAAGUUUCUGUCCUAUGGCUUCAUCGCGCCCCAAUCUCCUCGGUUCGCCCUGGCCAUGCAGUCUCUCUCUGCAGCCAUCACCCACUGCCAGUUCGACAUUAGCGACUCGGCGCAAGAGGAGGUUGUCUUGCUCAUGAUAUUACACUUGAUGGAGAACAUGCUGGCUGGGCCUGGCGGCGACAUUCUGAGCGACGAGAGCGUCUGCGACAUGAUGGGUCGGGGUCUCACCAUCUGCUCCCGGUCGAGGUUCUCGGCGGUGUUGAGGCAGACGGCGGAAGCGUCUAUGGUCCGCAUGUGUCAGAUCAUCUUUGAGGAUCUGAAGCACUUGGAGGUGGAAGCUGGCGAGGAGAGCGAGGCACUAGACCGGCAGACUAGCGGCGAUAUGGAUAGUGUUAAGCUGGACCCUGUCGCCAACGGAACGGACGUCCCGGUCACUCCAGUGGCUACGGAGCUGCUAGUAGCGCAGGGGAACGAAAGGCCGGGAACGGCUACGUCUUCUGCUGAUCCGCGGCCUUCUACAGCUGUUGAGACGGAAAAUGGGGAUCGCAGCAGCACUGCGAGUGCAGCAGACGCUCGUCGCAGCAGCACCAGCUCGGGAACUGGGAGCACUGCGUCCAUUGAUCUCCGCCCUUACUCACUACCAUCCGUUAGGGAAUUGUUCCGCGUUCUCGUGAGCUUCCUCAACCCCCAUGACCGUAAGCAUCCUGAUCAGAUGCGGGUCAUGGCGCUCCGCAUCAUCCAUGUUGCUCUUGAGGUUGCUGGUCCAUCCAUUGCCAGACAUCCCGCGCUCGCCACCAUUGCAGAGGACCAGCUGUGCUCCUACCUUUUCCAGCUCGUACGGUCGGAUAACAUGGCUGUCUUGCAAGAGGCGCUGGUUGUUGCUGGUACUCUGCUCUCAACUUGCAGGGGGGUUCUCAAGCUCCAACAAGAGUUGUAUUUGUCAUACUUGGUCGCUUGCCUACAUCCAGCCGUUGAAAUCCCUCGGGAACCUGGCAUUGACCCAAGUCUCUAUUCGGGUAUUCCUCAGGCACCCAAGCUUGUCAAGCCGCCACCAUCACAGGCCGGUAGUGGCCGGUCGACGCCUGUUCCAGUCAAGGACCGCCAGAAACUGGGCCUCGAAGGAGGCGCCCGAAAACCAGAUGCCAGACAGGCCAUGGUAGAAAAUAUUGGUGUUCUUGUACGAAUGCCAAGCUUCAUGGUAGAACUGUUUGUCAACUACGACUGCGACGAAGAUCGGGUGGACCUCUGUGAGGACCUGAUCGGACUGCUAGCAAGAAAUGCCCUCCCAGACUCGGCAACGUGGAGCACCACCAGUGUUCCACCGCUGUGUCUGGAUGCGCUUCUUCGUUUUAUCCAGUACAUCGCCGAGAGGCUGGAUCAGGCGCCGGAAACGGAGGGUCUUCCCGACCCAGAAGAACUGAGGGAAAGGCGGGCGAGGAAAAAGGUGAUCAUCAAGGGGACGAACAAGUUUAAUGAGAACCCCAAGGGAGGCUUGGCCUACUUGAAAGAAAAAGGGAUCAUCGCCAGCGAUACUGACCCUGUGUGCGUUGCGACGUUUCUGAAGGGGACUUCCAGGGUUAAUAAGAAGAUGCUCGGCGAGUUCAUUUCAAAAAGAGGAAAUGAGGCGAUCCUGGACCACUUCAUCGGUAUGAUGGAUUUCACCGGCAAGCGUGUCGAUGAGGCGCUGCGAGUUCUCUUGGAAACCUUCCGUUUGCCUGGUGAGGCACAGCUAAUCGAGCGCAUCGUCACCUCCUUCGCAGAAAAGUACUGCGCCGGUAGUACUCCUGAAGACGUGGCAGAUAAGGACGCCGUCUACAUUCUCACGUAUGCGAUCAUCAUGCUCAACACGGAUCAGCACAACCCCAACUUUAGGGGGCAUGCUCGCAUGACUUAUACAGACUUUGCCCGCAAUCUGCGCGGGCAGAACGGCGGCAAGGAUUUCGCACCCGAAUACUUGCAAGACAUAUAUGAUGCCAUCAAGUCCAACGAGAUCAUUUUGCCCGAAGAGCACGAUAAUCAACAUGGGUUUGACUACGCAUGGAAGGAGCUCCUUCUCAAGACGGAGUCGGCUGGCCCGCUGGUCCUCUGUGACACGAAUAUUUACGAUGCCGAUAUCUUCAACACGACGUGGAAUGCCAUCAUCUCUUGCCUGUUCUUUGUCUUCAUGUCGGCAACCGACGACACGGUGUAUGCCAGGGUUAUCACCGGCUUCGAUGAGUGUGCGCGGAUUGCUACCAAGUAUGGCAAUUCAGAGGCGUUGGAUGAGCUCGUCUACCGCCUGAGCUUGAUCUCGACGCUGAGCAGCGAGUCGCUGUCCAACACACAGCUCAACACCGAGGUCCAGGUUGGCGAGAACAGCGUUAUGGUGAGCGAGCUGGCGGUCAAGUUCGGUAGAGAUGUUCGGCCGCAGCUGGCUACGCUUGUCCUGUUCCGCGUGGUGACAGGUUCGGAGCAUAUCAUUCGGAAUAGUUGGAAAUAUAUUGUCCGGAUAUGGCUCAACCUAUUUGUUAAUUCACUAAUACCGCCCUUCUUCUCGACGGAACCAGACCGACUUGCUUUGCCAGCGAUACCGCUGCAGAGCCCCUCCAACGUAAUCGACCGGCAGAAACAGAACGAAACCAGCUUUUUCUCCGCUUUCACCUCGUACAUCUCGAGCUAUGCGGCGGACGACCCGCCUGAGCCGUCGGACGAAGAGCUGGAGAGCACCCUUUGCACCGUUGACUGCGUCAAUCAGUGCCACAUUGGCGAUGUUUUUGCCAACAUCUCGACACUUCCACCGCAGGACCUUGAGGCGCUUGUGGAUGCGCUGCUUGCUCAGAUUCCUGAUGACAACGGACCCGAAGGGGCUGUUAUGACUGUGAAGGCAGAAAACAUCCCCCCCUCCUCUCCGACAAACGGCCAGAAGGCGCGUCAGAAUACGGCUGCCUAUGACCCGACUCUUGUCUAUGUCAUUGAGUACUGCACAGUGUUGGCUCUUCGUGACCGCGAGACCAUCGAGCUGCUGGGCAAGCGGGUCAUUGGAGCUAUCCACACCAUUGUGCGCGACUUCAACAACUACCAUCCUAUUGUUAUUGAGAGGGCGACGUACUAUCUCUUUGCCUUGCUUCAAGCCAGCUAUGACUUUGACCUCAUCCGGGUCCCCAUCCUGCUUCAUACCGUAUCCCUCUUUUCCAAGGAGAUCCUGCUCAAGACAUCGUCUCUUGUUCUUCGCGGGUUAAAGGAGUGCACAGAAAAGCCAUGCCCUCUGAAAAGCGAGAUGAUGACUUCACCCGACUUCUGGGUGAUUUUGAGGACCUUGGCCACCAACUCUGACUCGGCGCCUGCGGUUUUCGAAAUCCUUGAGAGCGGUGUAUCGGGCACACCAUCGGCGAUCAUUGCAGAUAAUUAUGAGGCAGCGAUUGGGCUGCUCAACGAGUUCGCAUCCAUGGCUAGCAUUGGUGCGAUCGAGGAGCAGAGGGCGGAUAGUACUGCAAAGAAGAGCGGCAGGAAGACGCCUGUCAGGCCGAUCAAGCAGGACAAGAAGCCUAGCGAGAACGCGGUGGUGGCGCGGGGAAUUAAGGCUAUCCACAUCAUUUCGCAGAUGACGGAGCGUAUUCCGCAUCUGAUGAAGCAGUCACACCUGGAAAGCAACGAGGCAUGGUCCGCCUACUGGCUACCCAUCUUCAAGUCGCUCACCACGCAGUGCACCAACCCUUGCCGUGAAGUACGACAUCUGGCCUUUGCUUCCAUGCAGAGGUCCCUCCUUUCGCCGGAGCUCACUUCGGAGGACCACUCGGAGUGGACAGCUAUCUUUGGCGAAGUUUUGUUCCCCCUGAUUCUCGUACUGUUGAAGCCAGAGGUGUUCUCGUCCGACCGCGACGGCAUGAGCGAGACGCGCGUGCAGGCGGCGUCGUUACUGUCCAAGGUCUUCUUACAGUACCUCGUAAUGCUGUCUCAGUGGGAUGGCAUGUUGGAUCUGUGGUUGAAGAUCAUUGAAAUCAUGGAUCGGUUGAUGAACAGUGGACAGGGAGAUAGCUUGGAGGAGGCCGUACCGGAGAACUUGAAAAAUGUGCUGCUGAUCAUGUCGAGUAACGGCUAUCUUGUACCACCAAGCAAGAACCCGGAGCGCAAGGAGCUAUGGGAUGAGACGUGGAAGAGGAUCGAUCGGUUCUUGCCCGAGUUGAGGAAAGAUCUGGCUCUGGAUGAGCCUGAACCUGAGCCUGCAACAGAGCCUGUCGCUGAGGCGGAACCCGGGAACUCUCUGGGUCCGGUAGAGGCGGCUACUGAGGCGCCGGCGCAGGAAAAGAAUGAGGAGGCCACGGCCUGAGGUGGAUAUAUAUAGAGAAAUGGAGAAGCUUAAUGUGGGUAAUAUGGGAGUUACGUAUGCUCAUUUUCCUUACUAUAGAAGGCGAGGCCAAGACGGGUCAUUUCUGGUCGGAUUUUCUGUUACCUAUAAAUGAACUAGUAGUAUCCAUUGUCAAAAGAAGGCAUUGACAACAGCUGAAGAUGGACUCCAAA